GGAGAGGAGAGGAGAGGAGAGGAGAGGAAGAGGAAGAGACGUAAGAGAAGGAGGAGGAGGAGGAGACGGAAGAGGCGGCGGUGCCGGAGCAGGGAGCCGGGGCUGUCAGGGGCAGCGAGGUGCGGGCGGCGGAGCGGCGGGAUGCGGUGGUGCCGGGGCGCAGGGCUGGCGGGACUGGCUGCAGUGCUCCUGGUGGCUGGAGCCAGAGCUCAGGUGCAACAGGACCUGUCAGCAGAGACCACAGAGGGCACCGGUAUCAGCAUCAACUGCUCACACCCCAAAAUACAGUCAAACGAGGUCAUCUACUGGUACAGUCAGCUCCCGGGCCGAGGCCCCGCAUUUCUCACACUUGGUAUCAAAGACUCCAAAGUGCUGUCGGACCCGCCGGGUUGGCUGUCGGUGGCGGCAGACCGCCGGUCCAGCGCCCUGUGGCUCGAACGGCCCCGGCGCGGGGACGCGGCGGUGUAUUACUGCGCCGUGGGAGACACGGGGAGACGAGCCGGGGCUGCGGCCGGACACGAACCGCCGCGGGAGGGGCCGGGCGGGUGUGGCGGGGUCGGGGUGACAGUCCCAGUCGGAUCCGCCAGGGGGCGCUGCCACUCUGCCCGCCGACACAUCCUCACCCCGCAAAAUCACAGAAUGGUCGGAGUUGGACGGGACCUCUGGAGAUCAUCUAGUCCAACCCACCUGCUAAAGCAGGUUCACCAGAGCCGAUCACACAGGAAUGCAUCCAGGACCAAAAUGGAUGGGCACAAGCAAACCAGGACAUGGAUGGGGUGUAUCGAAGACAACUUUCUGAUGCAGACAUUCCGUGAAUGGACAUGGAGAGAGGCUCUGUUGGACCUGCUACUCACAAAUGAGGAAGAACUAUUGGAUGAUGUGGAGUUCAAGGGUAGCCUUGCCUGCAGUGACCAGGAGACUGUGGAGUUCAAGAUCUACAGAGGACUGACUAAGUCAAACACGGCUAUUACUUCUCCCACUCCAGGGGAGCACGUCACAGUCUCAACAGGGCCCUACCUCUUGGCAGUGUGCUGUGAGAAACUGUACUAGAGCUCAAAGGAUCCCAGCAGAGCUGGCUGCCCUUCAAGGACAGCCCCAUCCGAGCACAAAGAUGGUCCUCUGCCACGUGGAGGAAAAAGCACAACUGGAGGGGAAAGCUGCAAGGAGGGUGAAGGGAACCAAGAAAGGAAUCUUUGAGCCUAUUAGCAGAAAAAGGAAGGGUCAGCCAAUUAGGGCUCAUUGCUUAAUGCGGAAAGACACCUGGUGACAAAUGGUAGGAAAAAGGCUGAUGUCCUCAAUGCCUUAUUCUCCUCAGUUUUUUCUCAUAUGGCAUCUCCUCAGGCCUAUCACGCCCCUGAACCUCCCACAGAUGCUCUGGGAAUAAAGCAGUACCCACAGUAGAAGAAGGAACAGAGAAGCUCUUACUGCCAAUUGUACAUGCCCAUGUUCAAGGGCUGACUUUCAGAGCCAUCCAAGUGUGUUCAAGGAGCUGACUGGACUCAGUCCCUGAAAGGCAGAUGGAGCAAAUACACUCAGAAAUCUCGUCUAUACUCAUUAAGGUCCAGAAGGGAACUGGGAGCAGUUCACAUGAGAUUUCUGAGGGUAAAUCAUGCCUCACCACCCUCAAUACUUUCUAUGAGGUGGUGACUGGUGCUAUAUUGAAGGGGAGGGGCACCAGCUGUGGCGUACCUUGACUUUCGCAAGAUUUUUGACAUACAUUCAUGGGUGCACACACACGCACACCUAUAAGCACACAGAGAUCUGAACACUCACAGGCAAAACCACACUGAACGUCUGCUAUUUGGAGCUCAGAUCCAACUUGCAGGCAGUGCAGUUGAGGGCUUUCCCCCUUCCCUUCUGUGACCUCAGUGAGAUCAGUGCCAGGGAGCUCUGCUGGGAGAGCUCAGCCAGGGCUGAUUCCCCUCUUCAUGAAGCUUCUUCUGAGCUGACGCCCUAGUGCAUCUGAGGGUGGCCAAUCUCACUGCUUUCUCAUGAGGUAACAGGCUCUGUGGACACAGGAAGGAGAGUGGAUGUGUGUAUCUAGAGCACAACAAGACCUUUGGCAGCUUCUCUAUUGUCAUUACAAAAGAUGAGAUGAAUGGGUUCAGUGAAAGGAGGAUAAGUAGGGUAAAAAAUUGCCUGGACUACCAGGCUCAGAGAGGUGUGACCACAGCGCAAAGCCCAGCUGGCUGACACACAUCAGAGAGGUCUAAUAUUAGGGAUCAGUAGUAACACCAGUACUGUCUGAGGUUUUCAUGAAUGCCAUGAGUGACAAGAAGUCUGUGGAUAACAACCAGCAAGGGGAAUGGGAAGUAACUGUGAGACGUGGCUUUUGUUCAAAGAACCUGGACAGGCUGAAGAAAUGGGCUGACUGGAGCCUCAUGAAUGCCAAAAAGAGAAAGGGCAAGGUUUUGCAUAUGACAGAGAGAUCAGUCCCUGCAGUCAUGCAGGCUGGGGCUGGCUGACAGGAAACAGAUCAAGAGAAAAUGAGGUGGGGUUUUAGGACACACUUAGCUGAACAUAAGACAGCAGUGUGCCCUUGCAGUAAUUAGGACCAACUGUAUCCUGAGCUGUAUUAUUCAAAUUGUUGACAGCAGGUGCUGGAAAAUGAUCCUGCCCCUCUGUCCCAUUACAGGUCACAUCUGGGGUACUGCGUCCAGGUUGGUGGUCUGUGGUCCAAGAGGAGUGUUGGCAUCCUGAAGGGAGUUCAACAAAGUCCACCGUAUAAAUUAGGGGUCAUGAGAAGCUGAGAGAAUUGGAUCUGUUCACCUUAGUGAUGUCUCAGGGGAGAAUUUCCUGUUUUCCACAAUGACUUGUUCAGAGGAAAACAAGAAGAUGGACCUAGUCCACAGAACUGUCCAGGAAGCAGGGGAAAUGUCCAGUAAAGGGAUCUGUUGUAGAUGACCUCUGCAGGUCACUUCUCACAUACAUUCUGAAUCUGGGUCCCCCCUUCCUGCCCUCCCUGACGUCUGCACAACCAUGGACACAUAGGACCUCACAUCCCCUCUGCCACAAACCAACUUUCAGUCAUAGUAUUGGAAGUACACAGAGGCAGCUGAAGGGAGGCUCUCAGCCUCCUCACUGCCAACCGCAGGAAAUCAGUGGCUGCUGUUUGCACCCCUGAGCUAGGGGAAA